AUGCCGAUCCGUCUUGCUCGCUACUCAGACUUGGAUGCAAUCUCGUCUACUCUUGCAGAGGGAUUUCAUAGCGAGGAAGUUAUGGGACCGAUCCUACAUCCAUAUCGUCAGGAGUAUCCAGAUGACUACUUGAAUUACUGGCGCCGCCAAUGCCUGGAGAAAUGGUGGGAUUACUCGUACAUAUUCGUUGUGAGCUAUUUAGAGGAGCACUUUGAAGACCCAGACAAGAGGGAUAGAGAUGGUGACAACCCUAACACGCAAGAAGAUGUCGAGAAAGAAACGAGAGAGGAUAUGACAAAUAGAAAACCACCCCAAGCUAAAAGAGAGGUCAUAACCGGCGUUGCGCAGUGGCAUCGCAUGGGGCCUGGCUGGGAAGCCAUUUGGAAGCCAGCUGGGAAGUGGGAUCCAAGAGUAUAUAUAACGUCUCUUAUAUCCCUAUAUCACAAGUACUUUCUGAACGUCAUGUUUCCCAACCGCGCCGCUUCCAAGCCACCGCAAAUCACGGAACCACUGCUUCGUAAAGCCCUCAUCAAAGCCAUUGGAAGCUUCUAUACAUCUCCUCCACACCGUCAGACGAACUGGGCAUUGAGCGUCCUCGCCGUGCGGCCCGGGUACCAGAAGCAUGGCCACGGUCGAGAGCUGGUGGCCUGGGGGCUUGACAAGGCACGAGAGGAUUGUAUCCCUGCCAGUGUCCUAUCAGCUAAGGGGAAGGAUACGUUUUACCGUAGAUGUGGAUUUACCGAAUUGGUCGGAUGGGCAACGGACGGGGAAGACAAUCCGUUGAAGGGGCUUAUUGAAGGUGGUGCUGUCAUGUUUACGCGAGUAAAGGAGGAUGAUGCAUGA